UGGAGAAAAUCAAGAAAGCGUUACACAGGGUAGGCAGACAGGUCGCAAAACGUAGUGACACGUUUGCAUGGGCGUAGCAACCUAAAAGAGACAGUUCCAAUUGCGAGAAAGGGGGAGGGUACACAGCCAACGAGCGGCAUUAAUAAUUGAUUGCGCUUUUUUUUCCUCGGGUGUCAGGACGUGGGACGCUCCAGAAGGUAGAACUCCGUGCAAUUCAGUGAGUUCCUACAGCACGACCAGCUGCAGUUCCCCACACAAACGCUCGUGCAGUCACCGUGCAGGAAGACGCUCUUUAGCCUGGAAAUAUAGGGAUGCGCGAGGCUAGCAGCUGAACAUACCCGCCUAACAUUGCGAGUAAACUUCCUUUCGGAGCGGGUUAGAUCGUCCUGUUAACAGACGCAAGUCGCCGGGAAAGAUCUGGCAACCCAGGGACUGCUUCAUCAGCCCGAUCUGAAUGUAAUAUCGCGAAGCUAAGGAAGGCAGGAAUAAAAAGCCAUCGCCAUGAAUUUUGUAAUGAAGCAAGCGUUGGGAGGGGCCACCAAAGACAUGGGGAAGAUGCUGGGAGGGGAGGAGGACAAGGACCCCGAAGCUGAAAAGGAGAAGGAGGAAGAAAGGCAAGAAGCUCUCCGGCAACAGGAGGAGGAGAGGAAGGCCAAGUACGCAAAGAUGGAGGCGGAGAGAGAAACGAUGCGACAGGGCAUCAGGGAUAAGUACGGCAUAAAGAAGCGGGAAGAGGCCGAGGCAGAGGCCCAGGCGGCCAUGGAGCAGGCCUCUGAGGGCAGCCUCACGCGCCCAAAGAAGGCGGUGCCCGCCGGCUGUGGGGACGAGGAGGAAGAGGAGGAGAGCAUAAUGGACACGGUCAUGAAGUACCUACCCGGUCCACUCCAAGACAUGUUCAAAAAGUAACCGCGCGCAGCGAUGUUAGAACGUUCACGUUUAGGUUCAACCACUCAUUCCAUUCCUCCCUCCCCAGAGACUUAGAACAUAGACCGAAAUUAACCAUGUUCCACCUGUUCUAUUUGUAAAUAGCCUCUGGUUUAAAAUCGUAACAGUAAUGAAAAAAAAAUACAAUAUAUAUCAAUAAUACAAAUAUUUACAAAUAACUCUAAGAGUAUAAGCCAUACUUUUACCUUUGAAGGAAAUAUCGGAAUCAUAUCAUGUUACUGAAUGAGUUUUUGCUGUUUAUAAUAUUUAUAUAUAGGUAUAUAUAUAAAUAUAUACAUAUGUAUGUAACUAACCUCCCUCUAUGUGAAUUAAUUGGUACUCAUGAUCAAUAUCCCCAUUCAUUUCACAGGCAUUAAUGUAACAAACCUUUAACCACAAUGUUGUAAAUUGGAAGAAGGCAUACCUACACAUUUAAAUGUUUUUCCAAGCAUGCCAGUGAUUAAAUACUUUGUGAAUAUAUGUACAAUUUUGAUUUUUUUAUUUAUUUUGUGGUAAAUUACAUAAAAAAUUUAGGCAAUAAUUCUGUCUUUAAAAAUUGUCAUCUCAUCAAUGCCUCACAGUGUGAUUUAAUAAAUGUAACAUUUCAUCUGCAUACAUCCAACACAUUGAAAAUGUCAGUCACGUGUUGAUUUGAUAACAGACUCAGUGCUCACAAAUUAUGAAUAGUGAGUGCUGAACAUACCUUUUCAUGUUUCAUCAUCAAAUAUGUUCAGCAAUGAUAUCAGGAGAUUAAGUUGUUUAACUGCUAUCAA